UAAACGGAGUCAGUCUCCGGUCUGAGACACGGAGGAGAAACCGGAGAGAAAUACCGGAGCCUGUCUGUCUGUCUCUCUGCAGACAGGAAACUACACAGGAACUACAACAGGAGAAGAAGAACGAGAAGUGGAGUUUAACAGCAGAGAAACUACAGAAGGAGAAGAAGAAUAAGAAGUAAAAGAAACAGCAGCAGAAGAAUCAGAGAAACCGCAGCGGAGAAAAAUAAGUGUAAGGAACUACAGAAUAAACAGAAAACAGGAACUACAGCAAGAGAAGAAGAAGUGGAGGAGACACAGAGGAGGAGAAGAAGAAGUGGACAGACAGAGACAUAGAGGAACUACAGGAGGAGAAGAAGAGUGGAGGACAGACAGAGGGACAGAGGAACUACAGAAGCAGAAGAAGUGGAGUUUCUGUAGUUUCUCUCCAACAUGGAGCGCGCACUAACUUUGCUCCUCGCGCUGAUUUCCCUGAGCGGACUAACGGGCGCGCGGGCAGACACCUUCAAAGCCUGUGUGUCCGGUCCAGACUGUCCUCUGGUUCAGUCCAAAGAGGACGACUUCGACUGGGAAGAAGGAGACACCAGAGAGCGGCCGAGCAGCAGCCCCUGGAUCCCUGCAGGCUCCUCCUUCCUGUUCGUGAACACGUCCGGUCGUUAUAGCGGUCAACGAGCUCAACUUCUGAUGCCGCCGCUCAAAGAAAACGACACACACUGCGUCAGCUUCCUGUUCUACCAGGCGGGGGGGCGAGAGGGCGCCACGCCCGCCACGCUCAACGUCUACAUCAAAGAGAACAACAGUCCUCUGGGGGUUCCCGUCUUCAACUCUUCAGGCCCCGCCUACCAUAUCUGGAAAGGGGUGGAGCUAGCCGUGUCUACAUUCUGGCCCAAUCAUUACCAGGUGGUGUUCGAGGCGGUCAGCACCGGACAGAGAGGAGUCCUCGCCAUCAAGGACAUCACACUGCAGGGACACCAGUGCAUGAGCACGCCUCACUUCCUGCACAUUAAAGGUGUGGAGGUGAACGCGGGACAGACGGCUCAGUUUCACUGUACGGUCAACGGACACCCGCAGAGCAACCUGCUGCUCUACCUGCAGGGGAUGGGCGGUCGUCAGGCGGUCGUCAGGGAAACGAAGCCGGUGAAUUCCCGUCGCUACGUGGCGAGUUUCGAUGUGGAAAACACGACGAAGGGCGACUCGGGGCGCUACCGCUGCCUCGCCCAAUCAGAGCGCGGCGUGGGCGUGUCCUCCUACGCCGACCUCACCGUCAAACAGCCCCCCGUACCCAUCGCCCCCCCCCAGCUGACGGCAGUGGGCGCCACCUACCUGUGGAUCCAACUCAACGCCAACUCAAUCAAUGGAGACGGGCCAAUCAUCGAGAGAGAGGUGGAGUACCGCACGAUGUCGGGGAUGCUGAUCGACACCACCCCCGUGGAUAAACCGACACAUAAGAUCGGACACCUGGACCCCGACACUGAGUACGAGAUCAGCGUGCUGCUGACCCGGCCCCUGGACGGAGGCACGGGAAACCCCGGACCCCCGCUGAGGGCCAGGACUAAGUGUGCAGACCCGAUGCACGGCCCUCGGCGUCUGGAGGUCGGGGACGUUCAGUCCAAACAGGUGACGGUGCGCUGGGAGCCGUUCGGAUACAACGUGACGCGCUGCUACAGCUACAACCUGACGGUGCAGUACCACUACCGCCCUGCAGGGGGCGCCAGCAGGGAGCCGGUGAAGGAGGAGGUUGUUUACGACGCGCUGAGUGGCGUGCCGCAGCACAUCCUGCGUAACCUUCCACCGUUCACCAACGUCAGCCUGAAACUAGUCCUCAGUAACCCUGAGGGCCGCAAGGAGAGCGAGGAGCUGCUGGUGCUGACGGACGAGGACGUCCCUGGAGCCGUUCCCGUGGACUCGAUCAUCGGCAGCAGCUACGAGCAGCAGAUCAGUCUCAGCUGGAAGGAACCGCUGCAAACAUAUGGACUCAUACGACAGUACGAGAUCUCCUACAAAGCUCUGAGCUCUUUCGACACGGAGUUCGAUUUGUCCAAUCAGAGCGGGAAGGUGUUCAAACCGGCCAAUGAGACGAGCCACGUGUUCAGCGGCCUCUUCCCAGGCUCCACCUACUCCUUCACAAUAAGAGCGUCAACCGUCAAAGGCUUCGGACCGCCCGUCAUCACACAGUUCACCACCAAGAUCUCAGCUCCUCUGAUGCCGGCGUACGAUCAGGAGUCUCCUCUGAACCAGACGGACUCUACUGUCACCGUGCUGCUGAAACCAGCUCAGAGCAGAGGAGCACCUGUCAGUAAGUACCAGGUGGUGGUGGAGGAGGAGCGCCCCCGCAGGCAGAGGAGAGGAACUGCAGAGAUCCUGCGCUGCUACCCGGUUCCGAUCCACUUCCAGAACGCCUCGCUGCUCAACUCUCAGUACUACUUCAGCGCUGAGCUGCCGGUCAGCGAGCUGCGGGGGGCACGCUCCUUCUGCAUCGGUGAUAACAGGACGUACAGCGGCUACUGGAACGCUCCUCUGCUGCCUCACAAGAGUUAUGGGAUCUACUACCAGGCUGUGAGCACUGCUAACGGGGAAACAAAGAUCGACUGUGUGCGGGUGGCCACUAAAGCUGCUAUAAUCGCCACCCAGCUCACCACGCCGUACAUUCGCAUCGCCCUGGCGGCGGGAGACAAGCAGCUCCCAGGAGCAGCGACCCGUAAGCCGGAGCCGGAGCAGGAGAAACAGAGCGACCACACGGUGAAGAUCGCUGGAGCCAUCGCUGGCAUCCUGCUCUUCAUCAUCAUCUUCCUCGGAGUCAUCCUGCUAAUGAACAAACGACGGAGAAAUUAUCACUCCUACACUUACUACCUCGGUUAUACAAGAAAUAAACGGACAAAAGACAGGAAAAAGCUGGCGAAGAAGAGGAAGGAAACUCUGAGCUCCCGCCAGGAAAUGACCCUGAUGGUCAACAGCUCCCAAUGCACGACCAUGGUGGACACACACACACACACUCUGAACGGACGCACUGUGUCCUCUCCGUCCUCCUUCACCCUGAAGACAAACACCAUCAGCACCACCGUGCCCAACUCAUACUACCCAGAUCCCUUCGUGCCGACGGCCAUCCUGGACGACAGCCACACGAUGACCAGUGAGACCAGCAGCCUGGUUCAGUCUCACUAUAAGCAGCGUGAGUCAGAGAGAGAGGCGUUGCCCUAUCAGACGGGACAGCUGCACCCCGCCAUCAGGGUGGCUGACCUCCUGCAGCACAUCACUCAGAUGAAGUGUGCCGAGGGGUACGGCUUUAAAGAGGAGUACGAGAGUUUCUUCGAGGGCCAGUCGGCUCCUUGGGAUUCGGCCAAAAAGGACGAAAACCGCAUGAAGAACCGCUACGGAAACAUCAUCGCCUACGACCACUCUCGUGUGCGUCUGCAGCCUCAGGAUGGAGAGAACGGCUCCGACUACAUCAAUGCAAACUACGUGGAUGGAUACCACCGACCCAAUCACUACAUCGCCACCCAAGGUCCCAUGCAGGAGACUGUGUACGAUUUCUGGAGGAUGGUUUGGCAGGAAAACACCGCCGCCAUCGUCAUGGUAACAAACCUGGUGGAGGUGGGGCGGGUGAAGUGUUGUAAGUACUGGCCAGACGACACAGAGAUUUACGGCGACAUGAAGGUGACGCUGAUCGAGACCCAGCUGCUUUCAGAGUACGUGAUCCGGACCUUUGCCGUGGAGAAGCGUGGCGUGGCAGAGAUCAGGGAGAUCCGGCAGUUUCAUUUCACCGGUUGGCCGGAUCACGGCGUGCCGCUUCACGCCACCGGCCUGCUCGGAUUCAUCCGCCGCGUCAAGGCCAAAACCCCCCCGACCGCCGGACCAACCGUAGUCCACUGCAGUGCGGGCGCAGGGCGUACAGGCUGCUUCAUAGUGAUCGACAUCAUGCUGGACAUGGCGGAGCGAGAAGGCGUCGUCGACAUUUACAACUGUGUCCGAGAGCUACGAGCACGCAGGGUGAACAUGGUGCAGACAGAGGAGCAGUACGUCUUCAUCCACGACGCCAUCUUGGAGGCGUGUCUCUGCGGCGACACCGCCAUCCCGGCCAAUCAGCUGCGCUCUGUGUAUUACGAGAUGAACCGAUUGGACCCUCAGACCAACUCCAGCCAGAUCAAAGAGGAGUUCAGGACGCUGAACAUGGUGACGCCCACGCUGCGGGUCGAGGACUGCAGCAUCGCUCUGCUGCCGAGGAACCACGAGAAGAACCGCUGCAUGGACGUCCUUCCUCCAGACCGCUGCCUCCCCUUCCUCAUCACCAUCGACGGAGAAAGCUCCAACUACAUCAACGCAGCUCUCAUGGACAGCUACAAGCAGCCGUCAGCGUUCAUCGUUACCCAGCAUCCUUUGCCAAACACGGUGAAAGAUUUCUGGCGUCUCGUCCUCGACUAUCACUGCACGUCCAUCGUCAUGCUGAACGACGUGGACCCCGCACAGUUGUGUCCUCAGUACUGGCCUGAAAACGGGCUCCAUCGCCUCGGCUCUCUGCAGGUGGAGUUUGUUUCUGCAGAUCUGGAGGAGGACGUCAUCAGUCGCAUCUUCAGGAUCUACAACACGGCCAGGCCUCAGGACGGGUACCGCAUGGUGCAGCAGUUCCAGUUCCUCGGCUGGCCGAUGUACCGUGACACGCCCGUAAACAAGCGCUCCUUUCUGAAGCUCGUCCACCAGGUGGACAAGUGGCAGGACGAGUACGACGGGGGGGAAGGGAGGACCGUGGUGCACUGCCUAAAUGGCGGUGGUCGUAGUGGAGUGUUUUGCAGCGUCAGCAUCGUGUGUGAAAUGUUACGUCAGCAGCGCUGCGUCGAUAACUUUCACGCCGUAAAAACUCUGAGAAACAACAAACCAAACAUGGUGGACCUGCUGGAACAGUAUAAGUUCUGCUAUGAAGUCGCUCUGGAGUAUCUGAACUCUGCUUAAACCCAACGAGAGGAAAGGAGACAAGGAGAGGAGGGAAGGAGAGGAGGUUUACUACUGACUGCAGGAGGAGGAAGAGGAGGAGGAGGAAGAGGAGUUUUUGCACUGCCUUGUUUGAACUCACCGUGUAAUUUUUUUUACAUUUUUUGUCGUCUUGAUGAACCGAAACAUCUCCGCUUUUUCACUCCGAGUGGAGCGUCCUGUCAGCGAACACACAGGAUCUUUGAGAACUCACCUCCACCUGUUUCACCGCUGCUUUAAUAAAGGACUUCCUGUUUACAUUUCUCAACACACAGCGACACGUGGAGCUGCUGGAAUAUUUCAAAUAAUGUUUUUAAUUGUACGUGAUGCUUAAAGUUCAUGAAGUGCUCUCAACUCACCAAAGAAAGGGUAAAAAAAACGGGAAAUAUUUCAAAUUAUUCAAGAAAAUAAUUAGGGAAAAAUGUUUCAUCGUUACGAAAAACAUAUUUAGUAAUAACGGAAAAUUAUUUGUAUUAUUAGGGGAAAAUAUUACUUGAUACUAGAAAAAUAAAUAAUAAUAUAUAAAAAAUAAAGAAAUAAAUAUAUACACAUUUUGAAUAUUUUUAUUUUCUUCUCGUAAUCACGAAAAAAAACUGUUUACAUGAUUACGAAAAAAGAAAAAGACUAUUAAGAUAUACACUUUAAUUUUUAAAAUGAUGCCCAAAUAUAAGGUAAUAUUGAGAAAAAUAUCUUUGAUGCGAGAGGGAUUUAAAGAAAUAAGAAAAGGUUUCAGAAUUACAGAAAUAAUCCCGAAACUAGUUUUUAUACUUAUGAAAAACAUUUUUAAUAAUAAUAACAAAAACAUUUGAUGGAAAAGAAACAUGUUUAUUAUAUGAAAUAUAUAAUUACAAUUAAAUGUAUUUUGAGAAUUUUGCAGAAAAACUCAUUUUAAAGUCACUUUUCAUGAAUCUGGGAAUAUUUGUCGCGGUGUUUAAAACACGGUAUGGUCCUUUAACGAGCACUAAUGUUAUAUAAUGAGUUAAAAACACUUAAAAAUGAACCAUAAUUACAUCAAACUAAAGAUUUGUUCCUCAGUCGUGAGAGUCUCUGAACAUCGCCUGGUUUUUAUUUCAGCAUAUUUUAGCGUUGGUUUCACUGUCGUCGUCCGUCUUCUUCUUCUUCGGUGGUGUUUUCUCCUCCUGAGUUUCGGGCAGCUGUUAAUAUUGUACAUAAGGAAGCAGGAAGCAGAAUAUUUAUUCCUUCAGUCGUUUCGAUGUCGUCUUGUUCUCGCAGCGCAGAGAGACAAUCACUAUUCAAUAUUUACGUUGUUUCCAUUAAACCAAUCAUUUUUUUAAACACACAGUAUCGGCUGCUCAUAAUCACUGUCACUCUUAAAUCGUCUGUUUUUUAAAAGGGACUUUUGUGUCGCUUAAAACACACAAACACAAAAAAACAGAGUCCGUCCUUCCGUUAAAUAUGUGGUUUUUGAAGUAACCCUAGUUGUUAAUGGCUCUGGGUUAUUGGUGUAACUCUGGUUGUAAAUGGCUCUGGGUUAUUGAUGUAACUCUGGUUAUAAAAGACUCUGGGUUAUUGAUGUAACUCUGGUUGUAAAUGGCUCUGGGUUAUUGAUGUAACUCUGGUUGUAAAUGGCUCUGGGUUAUUGAUGUAACCCUGGUUAUUAAUGGCCCUGGGUUGUGGUUAUUGAAGUAACUCUGGUUAUAAAAGGCUCUGGGUUAUUGAUGUAAUUCUGGUUGUAUAAAGCUCUGGGUUGUGGUUAUUGAUGUAACUCUUUUUAUUAAUAACUCUGGGUUAUUGAUGUAACUCUGGUUGUAAAUGGCUCUGGGAUGUGGUUAUUGAUGUAACUCUGGUUAUAAAAGGAUCUGGGUUAUUGAUGUAACUCUGGUUGUAAAUGGCUCUGGGUUAUUGAUGUAACCCUGGUUGUAAAUGGCUCUGCUGCUGACGAGAACAUUAUUGUAAUGAAAGCUUUUAUUUAUGUUGUAUGAUUAUAAAAUACUGCAAAUAAAAAUAUGUAUACACUCUUAAA